AUGAGUAAAAGAUACACGGGCUCUACAGCACGGCUUGUAGCGGAGCAGCGUGCCAAAAUAUGCUUGUAUGGGCUUCGAGAGUUACAGAAAACUUGGGAAGUUACCAAUUGGAUACUUCAGAUUUUCUUUCAAUACUUGGAUCGAUCGAUGGCACGGCUCUUGGAUACUAAAGAGCAAGAAGACGAAAAUAACCAUAUCAUGCCAAUGGGAAGUCUGCAUACCGGAUCCUCCGGCCCUCCCAAACACGCUGUAAGUGGUCAAAUGGAGAUCACAGUGGAAGGAAAUGAAUUGGGACUCGAUAUCCCAUUUUCCUGGUCUUUUGGCCAAAAUAAUAUGGACUUCACAGGCUCUCACGGACAAGAUGAGUCCUGGAUUAAUGCGUUUUCUUGUCUGGAUGGAAUUACCCCUGUUGACCUGGAACUUCUUGCGGGUUGUUUGACCUAG